AUGACUGCUCCGUAUCCGAACCAGAAGAGUGCACUAAAUGUUGUGAUGGGGGCGAUGACGUUUGGUGAGGAGGGCAAGGAAGGUGCCAGAGUGUACGACCUGAAAGAGGUGGAAGCGAUCUUGGAUGUUUUCCAAGCUCAUGGCCAUGUCGAGAUCGACACCGCCCGAGGGUACGCUGGUGGGACCAGCGAGCAGUACCUCGGAAAGAUAAACUGGAAGAAGCGCGGGCUGAAGCUCGAGACGAAGCUCUAUCCUAACGUCUCGAACACGCGACUGCAACUUCCCGGGAGAGAACUGAUCUCUCACUCUCCUGAGGACUUGCGUAAAUACCUUGACGUCUCCCUCAAGGCAUUGAAUACCGAUCAGCUUGAAAUGUGGUACUUGCACGGCCCCGAUCGCACUACUCCGUAUGAAGUGACGCUCAAGACGGUCAAUGAGCUCUACAAGGAGGGCAAGUUCAGGCGCUUCGGCAUUAGCAACUACAUGGCAUGGGAAGUUGCCGAGAUCGUACAGAUCUGCGGGGCAAACGGGUACAUCCAGCCCACGGCAUAUCAGGGCAUCUAUAAUGCUAUCCACCGGAAAGUGGAACCGGAGCUCUUUCCGUGCUUGAGGAAGUACGGGAUCAGUUUUUAUGAGUUCAAUCCAUUGGGUGGCGGUUUCUUCACCGGAAGGUAUCAUUCAGCAGAUGAAACCGUAGAGCCUGGCUCGAGGUUCGACCCUGCGAAGGGCCAAGGCAAGAAUUACCGUGCCCGCUACUGGAACGACCCGUACUUCAAAGCAGUCGCCGCGAUCGAGGCAACCGCGCAGGCGCACGGGCUGACGAUGGCCGAAAUCGCGCUGCGCUGGAUCUCUCACCACAGCCUCAUGAAGCGCGAGUAUGGCGACGCUGUGCUCAUCGGCGCGUCGAGUCUGAACCAUAUCGAGCAGAAUAUGAUUGAUCUCGAGAAAGGGCCGUUGCCGGAGGAUGUUAUCCAGGUGUUGGACGAAGCGUGGCUCUCUGUGAUGCCGUGUGCGACCAACUAUUUCCACUGA